AUGCCACCUCUCUUCCUCUACCAAGCCACCAUGCUCCGACCACAGAUCGAUCGAACCGGAGACCACACACCACUAUCAACCUCUCCGCCAGCCAAUGAGAUACUAGACAGUCUUCUCACAGGCUAUCUAUGGGGCUGUCUCCUUGUGGCUUUGUUUCUCGUCGUAUACUUCGCCAUCAGCUUCUGUGCCUGGGCGAUUGGGGCGGCGCUGACUACUAUCGAUACGGUAGUUGACUGCCUUCGACCACGCGAUGUUCACCCGGACGCCCAUACGGAUGCUGUAUUGAUGGCAUCCUCCUUGUUCAAGACGUACAAGACUGCAUAUCCGGAACGGAUCUUCUCAUUGAGCGAGGACGAUAUGCAGAUGUGGCGAUGUGACAAGACCGAUAAGGGCCUGGAGCAUGCAACCUCGCGCACAGAGAGAGACAUAGUGCUAGAAGAGAAGGGAUCAGAAGAAUCUCUGAAACUUCGCAUUGUCGGUAAUUCCAUCGAUGAUCCUAUUCAUCACACAUCUUCUGGCGAUGUGGUCAUGGUGGACACUAUCCCUAAUACCUCCAACGCCUUUCCUGGUCUCGAUCGCCUCGCUGUUUCUAUACAACUCUGA